AUGGACCAUCCAGAUACUGCCAUCAUUUCCAUCACAGUAAGGGAAGACUUGGGGCAUGGCCUUUCGGUGGUCAUGGCCUCAAAACCAACCAGGAAGACAUCAUCUUUUGAAAGAGAAGGAUGGUGGAGAACAGCACUAACAAAUACUCCUAUCCCUGGCACUUACCACUUGAAAACUUUUAUUGAGGAAUCUUUAUUAAAUCCAGUGGCAGCAACCUACAAUUUUAAAAAUGAAGGAAGGAGAAAACCACCUCUUGUGCACAGAAACAAUCCAGUACUAAAUGACCUUCCCCAGUACAUGCCUCCUGACUUCUUGGACUUGUUGAAGAAGCAAGUGGCCACUUACUCAUUUAAAGAUCAACCGCGGUCAAGCCCCAGCUCUUUGGUUUACAAAGAUCAGUCAGUUAAGCUUUCGCCAGGACAAUACAAUCUACUUCCUGCACCAGUUCCCAAGUAUGCUUCCAGGAGUUUUGUAUUUUGUUCUACAGUUCAAAGAUUUCCAACAGCCUGCUUCAUUCCUCAUGAAGGCCCAGGACCAGGUCAUUAUGACCUGAAAAUACCUCCAGCAAUUUCUGUUACUUCUUGUUUUCAGUCCAGAGUACCCCGAUUCUUGCCCGCCUGUUCAAAAACCCCGGGCCCGGGAGCAUACACAUCUUCAGCACAAUUCCCCAAGCUGCCCCGGACCAUCGCCAAAAUGGGCCGAGAACACAGCCUUUUCUUCAACAACACAAUUGGCUUCUAA